AUGAAGGCUGUAUUGCUAACCAUUGGACUCCUGGCAGUUUCUGCCAUAGCAUUCGCAGAGGAGGAGAAGAAGGAGAAGGAACUCACUGAAGACGGACUGGCUAUUUUGAACAAACUUCAAGCACUCAAAAAAGAAGAAGACGACGCCCUCGCAGCCAUAGAAGAUGAGGAAGAGAGGACUCUGAUCUCCACGAUCCUUGACAAGGAAGAAGACGAAGCCGAUAAGCUUGAGAAAACAGAAGAGUCUACUCGUGUUAAGCGCGCAGCUCGUCGACGCGGACGUGGACGCGGACGUCGUGUUCGUGCUCGUCGUGCUCAUCGCGCUCGUGCCGCCAGAAGACGCUUCCAACGUCGCCUUCGCCGCAACCAGCGACGUGCUGCACGAAAGCGCAUCGCACACGCUCGCAGGCAUCGCAGAAACCAACGCCGAGCUGCAGAUAGGCUCCGCAGGAUCCAACAGCGAUCUGGAAGAGAAUGA